AUGGGCGAAAAAUACAUCUAUCACCUAGUGCAGGGGGCGAGGUGGAAGGAUGCGGGCGGGGACGGGUACCUGCCGCCAACGUACGAAGCGGAUGGGUUCAUCCACGCCACCAAGGAGGCCGGUCUCCUUCUGCCCGUGGCAAACCACUUCUACACAGAUGUGCCGGGAAGUUUCAUCUGCCUUCGCAUCGACACAACUGUCUUGAAGUCGGAGGUCCGGUUCGAGCCAGGCGAGUCGGCUUUAAUAGGGUCUAAUGAAGCAGUGAUUAGACAUGCCAAAAGUUGUUCGCUGUGUUGGGAUGCGGCUGUAGCACCAAGCUAG